UUGUCACGCAGGGCAGGUGCGCAUCCCGUCGCAGGUGCGCUCGUGCCGUCACUACCUAGUUACACCUGCGAAGGAGACAAAGAUUUCCUAACUUGGUGCCGCGUCGCUCGGCAGAGCUCGGUUCACGCGCGGCUUCGGGUUGUUUUGACAAGUUACAGGCUCGUUUGAGGCGCAGGAAGUCGAGUUUUAGGGGAAACGGGGAAGAAACGGUGGAGGUGAAGGCGGGAAAUGGGUAAAAAACAAGAGCCGAGUCCGGAAAACUCCGAGUACGGAGAACCCGCUCAGUUUGACCCCACCUUCAACGGGCCCAUAAGGAAAAGAGGAUGCACGGACAUAAUCUGCUGUAUCCUGUUCAUGGUCUUCAUCCUCGGCUACGUCAUAGUCGGGAUUUUAGCAUGGGUCUACGGUGACCCGAGGCACGUUCUGUACCCGAGGAACUCCACCGGCUGGUUCUGUGGCAUCGGGCCAAACAAAAACCAACCCAACCUGCUCUACAUGAACAUCCUCAAAUGCGCCACGUCCGUCAAUAUAAUGGCGUCGUCGCUGAACGGUCUCCAGUGUCCGACCACGCAGGUGUGCGUGAACGCGUGUCCCUCCACCUUCUGGGUUGUUGGGGUGGGAUCGUAUCUGCCCGGCGUCAAGCCAGCGACCGUUUUCAAUCAGAGCCUGUGCGUCCCGUCUAUAACGCUGUCUAAUACCACGCUGACUGUUCAACAAAUUAUAGACCAGGAGCUGUGUCCUUACUUCACCAUUCCUACGAUUCCUGCGCUGGGGCGAUGCCUGCCUGACGUCUCGUCCCUGACCAACAUCCCUUCCAGCUUCUCCAACGCUCAGGGUUUACCAUCCUCGGCCAACACCACGGCCAGCCUCAUUCAGAACGGCACCAGUGACCUUGUGACUGGCUUUAAUGCCCAAGAGAUCAGCGUUCGGAUCUUUUCGGAUUUUGCGUCGUCGUGGCCGUGGAUCCUUCUUGGUCUGCUAGUAGCCAUGCUGGUCAGUCUGUUGUUCCUGUUGCUGCUGAGAUUCACGGCUCCGGUCAUGGUGUGGGUGCUCAUCAUAGGAGUCCUUGCUGCUGGGGCAUAUGGGAUCUGGCACUGCUACUGGGAGUAUGCAAACUACAAGAGCGCUAAUGCUACCAUCAGUAAUGUCGGCCUCACCACCAACCUCCAGGUUUAUCUGCAAGUCCAAGAAACCUGGCUGGCCUUCUUGAUAAUCAUCUCUGUGGUGGAGGGCAUCCUCCUCCUCACCCUCCUCUUCCUGCGGACCAGGAUCCUCAUCGCUAUCGCCCUCAUCCAGGAGUCCAGCAAGGCCAUCGGCAACAUGAUGUCCACUCUGGUCUACCCUCUGGUCACCUUCAUCCUCGUGCUGGUGUGCGUGGCUUACUGGGGCGCCACCGCCUUAUACUUGGCCACUUCAGGCAGCCCCAUCUACAGAGUGGUGGCCCUCAACUCCAGCCAGGGUACCUGUAGUAGUAUCAAUGGCACUGUAAACUGUGACCCUCAGAACUUCACCUCGGCCAAUUACCCAGGCUGCCCCUCGGCCAGCUGCAUCUUCAUCAGAUACAACAACGAGGGUCUCUUCCAGAGGAACCUCUUCAACCUGCAGAUCUACAACGUGGUGGGUUUCCUCUGGUGCGUCAACUUCGUCAUCGCCCUGGGCCACUGCACGCUCGCCGGGGCCUUUGCCUCCUACUACUGGGCCUUCAGCAAGCCAGGUGAUAUCCCCAUGUUCCCUGUGUUUGGGGGCUUCAUGCGUGCACUCAGAUACCACGUUGGCUCUUUGGCGUUUGGCGCUUUGAUCCUGACCCUAGUGCAGAUAGCGAGGAUCAUCCUUGAAUACAUUGACCGUAAAACACGAGCGGCUCAGAAUCCCGUGGCACGUUUCAUUUUCUGCUGCUUGAAGUGCUGCCUGUGGUGCCUGGAGAAGUUCAUCAAGUUCCUCAACAGGAACGCGUACAUCAUGAUUGCCAUUUAUGGGAAAAACUUCUGCGUCUCAGCCAAAAAUGCUUUUAUGCUGCUCAUGAGGAACAUCAUAAGAGUGGUGGUGCUUGAUAAAGUGACCGACGUGCUGCUGUUCUUUGGGAAGCUCCUGGUGGUGGGAGGAGUGGGAGUAUUGGCCUUCUUUUUCUUCUCUGGACGAAUCCAGCUGCCAGGCAACGUCUUCCGCUCCGAAACCCUCAACUAUUACUGGAUGCCGAUCAUUACGGUGGUGUUCGGGAGCUACCUCAUCGCUCAUGGCUUCUUCAGCGUCUACAACAUGUGUGUGGACACGCUCUUCCUCUGCUUCUUGGAGGACUUGGAGCGUAAUGAUGGCUCGCUAGAGAAACCGUACUUCAUGUCUAAAAACCUCAUGAAGAUCCUCAACAAAUCCAACAAAGGACCAAAAAAAGGGAAAGGGAAGGACUGAAGGUCUCCUCUCGACCUCCAGAGCAACAGGACAUCCUCAUUUUAACACACUCCAUCCGUUUCCUUCAUGUUUACCAAAAAUGAUCUGCUGAUGUUGCACAUUUUUAAAUUAUUUUUUUACUGUGCGUGUGCAGCAUUAAUAGGUGCACAUGAGGAAGGACUGUAGUAAUAAUGUUACUUUACACAUUUUUUCGAAAAUCUCUCUAUUGGAUUUGCUGACACUCAUUUAGACGUAAAUGAUUUCUUCAAAUGGAACAAAAUCCUGUGCAACGAAAUGUUUUUAAAUAUUUAUAUGAAAGUUGUUUUAUAGAUAUACAUAUGUUCAGUGUAAUAAAUUAUAUUCAUAAACAUGUAAUAAAGCUGUAAAUAUUUGACCCAA